AUGGCUUUGGCUGCUCCUGUUGUUGCUUCAUUCGAAUGGACCAUUGACGCUACAAGAGAAUUAAUUCGACCUCGACGCGAGAAUCAUGACAAUUUUGAGUUCGUUCCUAACAAUCGUCAUGAAAGGAUAUGGAGAACCAUAUCCAACCAAUUGUUUCUUAAUAAAGGAUGGGGAGAAUCCCCACGAUCAACCAAUAAUAAACCCAACUCUGCAUGA